GCGCCGCGUUUCUUCCAUCUCGAUCCCAAACACCUUCGCUUUCUCCACCUCCCUCCUCCGCGCCGGCGGCCUACGCGACAGCUUCCUUCUCUCUCUCUCUCGACUGCGCCGUUACAGCCUGACGCGAUGGCCUCGUCGGCGACGAGAGAGGUGCUCAUGCUUGAGGCCCCGCCGCCGUCCGACCCCUCCGCGGGGCAGUGGCGCGCGGCGCCGGACGCGGAGGCCAUCGACGCGCUGCCCUACAUCGACGGCGACUACGGUGACCCGGCGGUGAAGCGGGAGGUCGACCGCCUCGUCGAGGAGGAGAUGCGCCGAGGGAAGCGGAAGCCCGCAGACUUCCUCCGGGACCUGCCUCCUGUUCCCACGGCCGGAUUCGAGAAUCAUCCUAUGCUUGCUAAAGAAUAUGAACGAGUUAGGGCUGGCAAACCUCCUUUCAUGCUAGAUAUGUCUCGCUAUGGUUUGGAGCCACCUCCAAUGAACAGGAGGAAUGAUGUUGGUGCCUGGAGGCAGGCUCUACGGAAUGCUCAGAGCCAAUUGCAGCAUCAAAUUAUAAGGAUAGAGAAUCUUGAGCUUAUGCUGAAAUAUGGUGUAGAUGUUUGGAAGCUCCAGAACAAACAAAUGGAAUCAGUUCUGUCUAGGAUGCAAAAGAUGGCUGUAGAAUACAAUGAAAGGAUAGAAAAUGUCAAUCGUGAGAGGAAGUUCCACCAGCAAAAUACUGGAGGACAGCUGCAUGCCCUGACAAUGGAAUGGCAGGAGCUGUGUCAAAAAAAUAUAGCUAUUCAAGCUGCCUGUGUUGACCUGCAGAAUCAGAUUGAUCAGCUUAAACUUGAAGCAAAAGAACUGGGAAUGCCCAUGGACGACAACAAUGGAACCAACUCACAAGCAUCAUGAGGAUUUGAGGUACCGUUCUAUACAGAGGUGGCAAGGAAGAAGCUACGGUGCUUCAAUGAGGUUGGGAGCUGGACGUUCCAUUAGCCAUUGUGCUUACCUGACUUGCAGUUGUCAUAUGGGCCAGUUUGUUUGACAUUGAAAACAUGUGGACUGUGCCUAGCAAUCGUAUGGGUUGAAGGUGACCCUGACCUGUGCAGCCGAAAACACGUCGGAGAGGAAGAGUCUAAAAUUCGUGUAUUGUUGUCCGUUGGAAUGUCCUAACCUGUGGCAAGAGACACAACAGAUGUUUAUCCACUUUCCAGCGCUUUAUAGCGUAACAUUGAGUUUUGAAGCUUUCUUCUGUUUAGUUUUCUGAUUGUUUCUGAAAAUACCUUGUGCGUGCAACUCUUGUCCUCUUCAGAAUGUGCUCAAAUGUUUGUAAACA